AUGGGUGUCUUCUGCAUCCGUGUCUCCACUGGGUGCUCGCUGUACGCGGGCUCCAUAGACAAAGUCCACCUGUGGCUGGUGGGCGAGCAUGGAGAAGCAUCUCUCGGGAUGCUGCUAGCACCCCAACGGAACUCGGAGGUGGAAUUCCAGGUGGAUGUGUCAGAGCACCUGGGGCCCCUGCUGUUCGUGAAAGUGCAGAAACUCCAUUACUUUCUGGAUGAUGCCUGGUUCUGCAACUGGAUCUCUGUGAAGGGCCCAGGAGACCAGGGAGCAGAGUACAGGUUCCCCUGUUACCGAUGGGUGCAGGGCACUCGCAUCCUGAGCCUCCCUGAGGGCACCGGCUGCACUGUGGUUGAAGACACUCAAGGCCUGUUCAGGAAGCAUAGAGAAGAGGAACUGGAAGAGAGAAAGAGUCUGUACCGGUGGGACAAUUGGAAGAAUGGUGGUAUCCUGAACGUGGCCGCGACCAGCUUGUCUGACCUCCCUGUAGAUGAGCGAUUUCGAGAGGACAAAAAAGUUGAAUUUGAAGCUUCUCGGGUUUGGGGGAAAGCAGGUGUCCUUUUCAACUUUCCUAUAAAUUCUCUGACCUCCUGGAAAGACCUAGAUGACUUCACAUGGGUUUUCAAGCUUGGCCGCACCAAACUGGCUGAGCGGGUUCGAAGCUCCUGGAAAGAGGAUGCUUUCUUUGGGUACCAGUUUCUCAAUGGUGCCAACCCCAUGGUGCUAAGGCGAUCUACUCAACUUCCUUCCCGUCUGGAAUUCCCUCGGGGGAUGGAGAAGCUGCAGGCCGAACUUCACAAGGAGCUGGAGGAAGGCACUCUGUUUGAAGCCGAUUUCUCCCUUCUGAAUGGGAUCAAGGCCAAUGUCAUCCAAAGCAGACAGCAGUACCUGGCUGCCCCUUUAGUCAUGCUGAAGCUGCAGCCAGAUGGGCAACUCUUGCCCAUGGCCAUCCAGCUUGAACUGCCCAGAACUGGAUCGGACCCACCGCCAAUUUUUACACCUGCGGAUCCCCCAGUGGACUGGCUCCUGGCCAAAUGCUGGGUCCGUAGCUCUGACAUGCAGCUGCAUGAGAUACAGUCUCAUCUCCUGAGAGGACACCUGAUGGCUGAAGUCUUUUCUGUGGCCACCAGGAGGACCCUGCCUUCAGUGCACCCUGUUUUUAAGCUUCUAGUUCCUCACCUGCUCUACACCUUGGAAAUUAAUGUCCGGGCCAGGAGUGAUCUGAUCGGAGAGAGUGGUUUUUUUGACAAGGCUAUGAGCACAGGCGGAGGAGGCCACGUGGAUCUUAUCAAGCAAGCCAGCGACUUUCUGACCUACAGCUCGCUGUGCCCCCCUGACGACUUGGCUGAGCGGGGGCUCCUGGAUGUUCAGUCUUGCUUCUAUGCUAAAGAUGCCCUGCAACUCUGGGAAGUCAUAAAUCGGUAUGUGACGGGAAUAUUUGAUCUCCACUACAAGACUGACGCGGCCGUGAGAGAUGACCAUGAACUGCAGAACUGGUGUCGAGAAAUCACAGAGAUUGGGCUGCAAGGUGCCCAGGAGAGAGGGUUUCCCAUCUCUCUACAGUCUCGGGCUCAGGCCUGCCACUUUAUCACCAUGUGCAGCUUCACCUGCACCGCUCAGCACUCUUCGGUCCAUCUAGGCCAGUUGGACUGGUUCUAUUGGGUCCCUAAUGCGCCCUGUACCAUGCGGCUGCCACCACCUACCACCAAGGAUGCGACAAUGGAGAAGCUGAUGGCCACACUGCCUGACCCUCAUCAGUCUACUCUCCAGAUAAAUGUUAUCUGGCUGCUGGGCAGACGCCAGGCUGUUAUGGUGCCUCUGGGCCAGCAUUCAGAGGAACACUUCUCAAGCCCCGAGGCCAAAGCUGUGCUGAUGAAAUUCAGAGAGGAGCUGGCUGCCCUGGAAGAGGAAAUUGCGAUUCAUAAUAAGAGCCUGGACAUUCCCUAUGAGUACAUGAAGCCCAGCCUGGUGGAAAACAGCGUGGCCGUAUGA